ACAGCUUCAGUGCUCUCUCGCUCGGCACGUCGAUCAGAGUUACAGCGGUAGAACCACCGCUAGCGAGGCGAAAGAAGCACAAAAAGAGGGCUUUUGCAAUCAUGGCCUCGAAAGAAGUCGCGGCGUCGACUGCGACGGAUGCAGAGCCUCAUGAUGCAUCGGCUGAGGGGUCUGAGCAACCCCAGAAGGAGCUCUACCCCAUGGUCAACUGGAAGUACGACCUGUUUCUCUACGGCAUGGGCAAUCUGGUAAACCUGUUCUUCAGAGAGGUCAUACCACGAGGCGCCUGGAGAGUUCCACAGACUGGGCCGGUGCUCUUUGUCGCUGCGCCGCAUGCGAACCAGUUUGUCGACGCCAUCCUUUUGCAACGAACGCUGCGACUAGACGCCAACCGACGAGUAUCGCUCCUCAUUGCGCAGAAAUCUGUUCACGGUUUUAUUGGCUGGGGGUCACGCCAGGUCGGCUCGGUUCCCGUCGGGCGAGCACAAGAUGCCGCGAAGCCUGCGACGGGCUUCAUCUAUCUCCCGGACCCGAUCAAUGACCCGACACUGAUUCGAGGAGUGGGCACAAAGUUUGGCGAGGGCGAGGGUGAGGCCCAGGGAAUGCUCUUCCUGCCGCCGGGAAAGAAGACGUCGGGCGAAAGUGUCAACAUUGACAAGAUCCUUGGCCCCGAAGAGAUUCGCAUCAAGCGACCAUUCAAGACUCAGCUGGGCCUGCAGCAGCUCACCGGUCGAGAGGAUAUUGACAAGGACGGCAAUUUUACGAACAAAUCAACCAACGGCCCCGCGCCGGGAUAUCAGGGGACUAAAUUCAAGCUUGCGCCGCAUACGGAUCAGACAAAAGUGUACGAGGCUGUCUUUGCACGAUUGAGGAGUGGUGGAUGUGUCGGUAUCUUCCCCGAGGGCGGUAGCCACGAUCGCUCCGAGCUGCUCCCAAUCAAGGCCGGCGUGGCCAUCAUGGCUCUGGGAGCGCUGGCUGAAUCGCCCAACUGUGGCCUCAAGAUUGUCCCCGUGGGCAUGAACUACUUCCACCCACACAAGUUCCGCUCGCGUGCCGUCAUUGAGUUUGGAGCGCCCUUUGAGAUCCCACCGCACGUGGUUGAAAUGUACCGGAAUAACCAGCGAAGAGAGGCAAUCGGUCAGGUUAUUGACACAGUCUACCAAGCUCUCAGCUCUGUGACGGUCUCGGCCCCGGAUUACGACAUCCUGAUGGUGAUCCAAGCGGCAAGAAGGCUCUACAACCCUACCGGCAAGAAGCUGCCCCUGCCUGUCGUGGUAGAACUAAACCGUCGUUUGGCCCUGGGCUACGAGCGCUACAAAAACGACGAGAGGAUAACCAAGCUGUCCAAGAGCGUAAAGGAGUACAACUCGCAGCUGCGCUAUCUCAAUUUGAGAGAUCACCAAGUGCAGUACGCCACCAUGUCGAUCUGGAAAGUCAUUGUGCUAUUCAUCUACCGCUCAAUCAAGCUAUUGAUUCUCUUCCUCUGCACGGUUCCUGGCCUCCUCCUCUUCUCCCCGGUCUUUGUAGCCACGAAAAUCAUCAGCAGACAGAAGGCCAAGGCGGCGCUGGCAGGCUCUACUGUCAAGAUUCGCGGUCGUGACGUCAUGGCUACAUGGAAGAUUCUCGUUGCCUGUGGAUUGGCUCCGACGCUCUAUCAUGGCUACUCGAUUGCCGUAGUUGCCAGGGCCUGGUAUGACCGUCUCUGGGGCUAUCUGCCUGAAUGGGUGCCUCUUAUUUUGGUCUACCUGGGUACCUGGGUGGCCUGGACUGCCAUUACAAUUGCUGCGCUGCGGUUCGGAGAAGUGGGGAUGGACAUCUUCAAGUCUCUUAGACCACUGGUGCUAUGUCUGGUCCCGGCAUCUGAUUUCAACAUUCACAAGCUGAAAUUGAGACGGGCAGAGCUUAGCGCCCAAGUAACGGAGCUGAUCAACACGCUCGGACCGGAAAUGUUCCCAGACUUUGAUAAGACGAGACUCGUUCCUGAUUUUACGAAAGUCGAGACAGGCGGGACUCAGUCGUCACCUACAGAGACUCGCCUCCGGCGCGACAGCGACCAGUCAAGCACCGGUGUCGACCUGGAGACACCACCCGCGCUGUCACGACGCAGCACUACCCAGUCCAGCCGCUUGUUGCCUAGGAAUGACUCUUUCAGUAACAUUGGCAGAGUUGGCAUCUUCUCAACACGGCCGCCAUCCCGGUCACGGAGUCGGUCGAACAGCUCGGGUGGUGGCUUUGGGUCUAGUGGCUUCCCAAUCAGCGGGUUCACAACUUUGGAUUCUGCCGAAGGCUUUGGUGAAGCCAGUCGCAAGAUCAGGGAAGCCAUGAAGGAUAGACGGAGGAAAUCUGACAAGGUCAAGAUGCAGAGUGGUGCGGAUGAGGACGAGGAUUCUGAUAGCGACGAGGACGGAUACAACGAGGCGAGGAAGAAGAAUGUGUAAGAGAACCGACGAGAAGCCCGCUUAAUGAGGGUGAUUGGUGCGCGGGUGUCACAUACUGUUCUUUUUGGUUUUUCCUUUCUUUUCUGCUUUUCCCCUUUGUUUAAAUUUCUACCCUCGGAGAUUUUCUUCUAUCUUUCGUAUAUAUGUAUGUAUUUUAUCGAAUCUCACUAGGGAAAUAGCGAAUGUGGGUUUCUUGUUGGCAUUUCUUGGGCCAGCGAUGGACUCUACAGCCUUUCAUGGCCAAUCAUACAUUUGUUCCAAUGAUACGCAAGGUGGUAUUGCUACGAGCAUAAAUAAACAGCUUCCUGAGUUGACUUAAUAUCGGAAAUCCCCCAGUCGGUGCCAGAAAAACCCGAGUCUGAAAGUCACUAAAACCUAUGAUAACAGUGUCUGCUCACGUCCACGCGCAUGUAAGCUGGUAAACAUUGUGCAGCCAUCCAACCUUUGGUGUGUUUCGCUUUGC